AUGGGAGCAGAAAACAGUGUCUUGGAAGGUUGUGAGUGGGGGCCGCAGAUUGAUUGUCCUCCCAAGUUUCCCUGGCAGAUGUGCCCUGUUACGAAGGCCGAUGGAACAUCAGGAACUGUGUUUGAUUCAAAGAGCUCAGAUAAGAAAAAUGAGGAGUUAUUACAAAAGUUUGCUUCUACUCUGCGUGGCUUGAGACAUCCAAACAUCAUUCGUUUCAUUGGUUGUGGCCGUUCGUCAGAUGGAUUCUGGUUGGCUACGGAAUCAGUGUCACCACUGUUUACUUUUGUCUCGGACAUUUCUUCCCAGGAACUCUGCGCAGGGCUGCACGAUGUGCUACAAGGUCUGGAGUUCUUGCACUCGAAGCUUGGUGUAUGCCACAACAAUGUAUGCCUGUCAUCCGUGUUUGUAAGCUCUGAUGGAUCCUGGAAGUUGGGUGGCUUAGAGUUUGCAUGCAAGUUUCAUGAAGCAACGCAAGAGUACCUGGAUCGAAUCCGAGCUUUCCGCCAGGAGGACAGUCUAUCCCCAGAAGAGAAGGCAAGCAGCGUGAGAAGGGACAGCUCUCUCGGACAUGCCAGGGAUGUGUUUGCUUUUGGUACUCUGGUUGAGGUCAUCUUGGAUUUGGUCAGAGAGAAAGAUACCUGUGCUCAGAUGCUGGAGCAGCAGCUGUCUGUAUGUUUGAGCCCUGAUCCAGCCUCCAGACCAGGAGUGUCCAGUUUGUUGAGCUUACCUGUGUUCAGGUCAGAGCUAAUCGAGAUUAUAACAUUUCUGCGACACAUCACAGUCAAGAGUGAUGCUGAAAAGAAAGAGUUCUUUAGAAACCUGAUGUCACAACUAAGUCGUCUGCCAGAGAUGGCAGUGGCCAGACGACUAGUUGUUCCGCUGCUGGCCAGGUUUGUCCUGCUGGACGAGUGGGCAGUUGUACACGUUCUUCCACAUCUCCUGACGCCCAAAGGUGCUUGCAGGUUGCUCUUUGCACAUUCUUCCCCCUGUGUGCCGGGACUUCUCCCGGAACACUUGUUUCGUCAGUAUAUCAUCAACCACAUAUACAACAUAUUCCACGUAUAUGACAGCCACAUACGGCUAGUGUUGCUGGAACAUUUCUCCCAGUACGUCAGUAUGUUCACGCAGCAGCAGUUGGAGGAUGACAUCUUUCUGCAGGUUUUAUUGGGUGUCAGGGACACAGACGACCGGCUUGUUGCUGCCAGUUUGCGUGCUCUCGCUGACCUAGUUCCUGUCCUGGGAGGAGAUGUCAUUGUUGGAGGCGUCCGAAAACCAUUUUUCUUUCACGGCAUGCCCAAGCAGAUGUCAGCACUGAAUCUGUCCAAGAUGAACAUCCCACAAAACAUCACAGCCAUUCUGGCAGACCAUAAGCCUUUGCUGAAAAAUCUGGCAGCUGCAAGCAACAACUCCUCUGUGGAUGAUAGCUGUGGGGCCACCAAGGAGAGGAUUGCCAGAGACAGGGAGCGAAGAAAAGAAGAAGCAAAAUUAAAAAGAGAGGCCAGAAAACAGUUGAUGAAAGAGAAACAUGUAGAUAAGAAACAAGUAAACUCUUCAUAUGGUGACAAGGAUGGACAGACUGUGAGCCUCACCAUUGAACAAGCGGGCAGCUUGGACGAUGAUAAUGUCACCUCAACAUCUCAGCCUGAAGACAAUGAAAGUGGUGAUGAUGACUUGCAGAAAUUUGUCAGGGAAGAAAACGACUUUGAUGGAGAUAAUACAGUUCCUGAUUGGUCAGAUUGGGAAGAUGCUGAUCAGAAGAUUAGUGAUGAGAUAGAAUCUGAGCUGGAGACUAUGUCUGGCACAACCACCACAGAGCCAAAAGUGCAGACGUCACCAAGUCCUUACAGAAGUCACACACCACCUUCACCUCCCCCUGUCAGAGUGGACUGGUCUGAUAUUCCUGAGGCUGACAGAAGCAUAGGAAAGUCCACUGGAGGCACAAGAGGGGGUUCAUUAGCCUUAAAGAGUAACAAUUUGAAGAAAAAUGCACACAUUAAUGGAGGUGACCAUCUUGAGGAGGAAAAUAUUGUUUCAGACACUUGGGAAAACAAUUCCUGGAAUAGCCAUCCAGAGAAUCAUCUGGCAUCGAGUUCUGACCCGAUGAACAAUCUCACAUCUGCUUCUUCAUCCAAAUCCAGGGAUGGUCAAAAGCUUGGAGUAUCUGCAGGAAAACAGCAGCCCACAAAUGCCAGCAAACUACGGCUGUCUGAUGACUUGGGUGCGGGGUUCGAUAUAAAAAGCAUCAACAUUGUUAAAGCUUCCACUCCACCAGAACUAGAUUUCUUUGCAGACAUGGCUCCAAGUAUAAUAGAGAAAAAAUCCAGCGACCUAAUUUCACUUUUGGAAUCUGCAACUGCCGACCGUGCCGGGGACAAAAUCCCUGUCUUAUCUUUACCUUCUUUGCUUCCCGACACAGACAGCGGCCAGGUUACAGUCAAUUCUAAACUGUUUGCUGCAUCCGCUGUCGUUGAUGAGGAUGUGGCCGGCUGGGGUGAGGAGGAUAUAGACUGGGGCGAGGAAGUUGCUAGUUGA